UCGUCAAUCAUCAUCCGCUACGCCCUCAUGACCUAUUUUCCAUCCCAGCAACCCUCUCGCGCUAGGGACUUGUCCUCAGGCGACUUCUUGGCCGUGAUCGCGUACCCGGCCGUGGCCGCCGGCCAUUGAUCAUCCAGCAACUGUCUUUGGAGCCAGGAAGGAGAGACACGCUAUACUCGGUCGCCAUAUGCCUGCGGGGCGACACUUCUCUGAUCUGGGCUAGUAUGGAGCCUCGCGGCGACGAGACCGCGCCGACCAUGGACGUCAGGACGGCUAGCGUGGACGACCUGCAACGCGUGCUGUCAAUCCUAGCGAGCCGAAGUGUUGUGAGGCUUUUUGUAACAACUGGCGCAAUGUUACUCGUUUUUGCCUCCUUUGUUUAGGUGUUGGAAUUAAACUCGGGAGGAACCGCAAGCUUCCAGACCGAUGGUGGGCUAUGGUCUGCGUUCUCGUCACGGGAUACCUCUGGUGCUUGGGGGCCUUGUGUCUCAGUUUCUUUACCUUCGGUAGUCCGCUCCAUCCGGCGCGGGUAUGGCUGCUCUUUUGCAUUGAUAUUUUUCUCAGAGCAGGGACUUUCAAUCUCUGUCUUGGUCUGGGAGCCUUGUUUCUAGGGCUAUCCGUGUCGAUCAUCAUUCGGAGCGGUUGUUAUUACCCACUUGCUGCGCUUGAUCACCUCAGCCGCGUCGUACUGCUGUUCCGCCACUGCGGCUCAAGGCGGCAGAAAGCAACAAGACUAAGUCCUUCUCUGCCACUGGGUGAUACGCCUCACACAUCGCUCAUCGCAGCUUCAGUGGCCAUAGGGGUUCCUGCGCUGUUGUUUCUUUAUCUAGGGUUAUUUCCACUCAUCAAGGAGCUGCCUGACACCGAUCUGUCAAUGCGGGAGUUGGACCAGGCGGCUACUCUUGCUGGUGGCGGAAUCGCUGCGCCAGUGAACACGUGGCAGCUCCAUAGAGCUGCGGCAUUCAGAAGUCGCACUGGAUAUAAACGGCUUUCGCGAGAGACCAGAGAUUCACAUUUAGCAAGUUUAGUGUGAGCAACCAAGGAGAGAUGGAUUACCGCCGCUUGAGUGGAGUUCGAGCCAGCUCAGCACGGAGGAGUAAGGGGAGGGCAACGUUAUGAUAGCCAUGCCGGGCUUAAUUUGACAAGAAACUGGGGGACACAUCACGAAAUUCGAGAUUCGACUUUU